AUGGAUAAGGCUUGGUGGUUUGCAGCCCGCGUCGUCGCCAUCUUCGGCCACCUGGUGCUCGGUGUAGCGGGCAUGGUCUUGGCUAUCAAUUACGAAGACGGCUGGAUGGACGGCAACGUAUCCUGGUCGGAGCACAACGCUGAUAGCUCUGUCCUCAAUGCCUGUGCACCUGUGGGGUUCAUGGGUGCGGCUUUCAAUCUCGCCAUCUUCUUCUUUCUCCAAAUAGCCGGCCGAGUCAGUGGUCGGGAAUCCCACUUCUGCAAUCAAGCUACGGCUUUGAUAGGGGGACUUAUCACUGUUGGCUUCAUCGUUGGUGAUCUGGCUUUGGCCGCGAGUCUGGGUAGUAGAGAUCAGCCCCCGUUUGGGGCGCUGUCUGUCGUUACGGCUGUUGCUGCGAUACUUCUAUCACUUGCAGUUAUUGCGGAUACAGUCAAGCAUUUCAAAUUUGACGUACCAGACGCAGAUGAGGACAGGUUGAUGUACGACUUUCAAAGGGCGGAUUCGCCAUACCAGGAUGCCAUAAGCAAUGACACCGACCACGAAGAGGAUGCGACAGGCACCGGGUAG